AUUAGUUGUAUGUUAAUUAUUUAUUUAAGGGCGGCCCAGUCUGUUGGGCCGGCCCAUUAUUCGUAUAUUUGUUAUUUAGGGCGGCCCAGUCUGUUGGGUCGGCCCAUUAAUCCGAAACCCUAACCCUAGCUCCUCUAUUUAUACUCCUCUUCUUGGAAGAGGAGAGGGAGGUGAAAAAAGAGGGAGGCUCACCAUUAUUCAUCAUCUUCUUCGUCUCUACACACAUUUCUCCUUCUUUUCCUACCCUUGGGUUCCAUAACCCAACAUUGAAAAAAAAAAGGUAAAGCCACUGCCGGAACUUCCAAUUAACAGCCCGUGGAGAUGUACGCUUCCAGCGCCACCCGCCCUGUGGGUUUCUGCAAUUCGGCCCCCGGUGGCGGAGACGGCGAUGCUUAUGGCCCUUUCGGGCGCCGCGCUGACCUCUCGUCGGAAGCCGACGCCGCCUGCAUCGGGAAGCCCGUGCUCCAACCACAAAGCGGCCCCACAUGUUCACGCCACGAGGAGCGUUCUUCCUCCUACUGCUCCGCGGACCUGCGGUGCUCCAAUUCCAGCAGAUGGCGCUACCCACUGUGCAAAGGCCAUGGGACGAGGCACUCCUCGUGAAGGAAUGUUGAACCUGUGACGUUGGGCCUGAAGCAGAUUACAGACUCCAAGAGUUCCGAUCUUGGCCUCUUGGUCUUAGAAUCAUUUUGAGAGUGCCGAUUUGAGCUCCUGG